AUGAAAACCGUCUUCAAAUCGAUAGCCGUGACCGUGGUCAUUGUUAUAUGCAGCUGGUUGUUGACAUUCAUUAUGAACUCUGUGGUACUAUUGGCCACGAACGAUCCCUACAUAAUCGUUGUUGUCAAUAUAUAUGCCGGUGUUCCAGUGAAUCUCGGACUUGCAUCGAAUGUGUUCGUCUACUACGCUAUCAAGUGA